AUGGAGUUCACAAACGCAGAAAAAACCGACAUGUUCGCGGCAUUCGUGGCGAACGGGAGGAAUGCGACGGCUGCCCUCCAGGCCUACAAGGAAAGUUUCCCCGAUAGAAGAGCACCAUGCAAAUCUUACUUCGGACGCCUUGAAGAAAGUUUGAGGAACACUGGCCGUUUUGAUCACCUGGCAAGGGCCUGCCCGAAUGAAGAUCUGGAAACGGCCAUCUUGGCCCUCGUCUUCGCGAAACCGGAGGUUUCAUCCCGGGAGGUUGCUGAACAGUGCCACACGGAUCAUUCGACAGUUCUCAGCGUGUUCCACAAACACAACUUGAGGCCUUUCAAGACUUCAAAGGUGCAACACUUGCGGUUGGGGGACAGAACGCGCCGGGAAUCUUUCUGCAGGUGGCUCUUGGAAGAACAUGAGCGAUGUCCGGCUUUCAGUUCAAAAAUUCUGUGGUCGGACGAGUGCAACUUCAGCAAUCGAGGCUUUUUUAAUCGAAAGAAUACUCACUACUGGUCCACGGAGAAGACCGGCAAUUUCAAGGAGACGAACAACCAGGUUCGAUUCAGCUUCAACGUGUGGUGUGGCCUACUCGGUUCCCGAAUAGUGGGGCCAUUCCUUUACAACGGGACUCUCAGCGGGGCAGAUUAUCAACGUUUUCUGCAAAAUGAGCUGGUCGACUUGUUGGACGACUUUCCGCUCCAACUGCGCAGAGAGAUGAUCUUCAUGCAAGACGGCGCACCAGCGCACAACGCGAGAGACACCAUGAACAUCCUUAGGAACAUGUUCCCUGGAAGGGUACUGGCAACAAACGGGGACAUCAAAUGGCCCGCGAGGAGCCCAGACCUGACGCCCCUGGAUUUUUACCUCUGGGGAAAGGUCAAAGAUGAAGUGUACCACGUGAGCAACCUUCCUUACGAGACAGAGGAAGACCUCAAGGCGAAAGUCACGGAGGUAAUCCGGAACAUUAAUCCAGGAGAAGUUCGCACGGCGACGCGCUCAGUUCUCCGUCGAUGUCGUUUGUGCCUCACCCAACUAGGGUGUCAAUUCGAACAAUUAUUGUGA